GUGCUACUAGCUCAGACUUUCAUAAUUACGUAAGCAUCUCGGUGGCACUGACUCUCCCUAAUAACAGAGCUAAAGUUGUGUUGUGCCUUUUUAACAUCAUGGAUUCAACAACCACGAAAGAAACAGAGAAGCACUGCGUCCUGUGUUGCCAAGAAGUUGAGAUCUUCGCCUUAGGGAAAUGCGACCACCCAGUUUGUUACCGCUGCUCCACCAAAAUGAGGGUGCUCUGCGACCAGAAGUACUGUGCCGUCUGCCGGGAGGAGCUCGACAAGGUGGUGUUUGUUAAAAAAUUGGCGGCCUUCUCAUGUCUGCCCUACCAGCAGUUCCCCUGUGAGAAGAAACAUGAUAUUUAUUUUGGUGAUGAGAGGAUUUAUGCCCAGUACAGGCAUCUUUUGUUACCAGAGUGCGUCCGUUGUUCAGAACCUAAAGUUUUCUCUAAGUUUGAGGAGCUGGAGCAGCACAUGAGGAAGCAGCAUGAACUUUUCUGUUGCAAGCUCUGUACAAAGCAUCUCAAGAUCUUCUCUCAUGAGCGUAAGUGGUACAACCGGAAGGAGCUGGCACGUCACCGAGCACACGGAGACCCGGAUGACACCAGCCACAGAGGACACCCGCUCUGCAAGUUCUGUGAUGACCGUUACCUUGAUAAUGAUGAGCUGCUAAAGCACCUGCGCAGGGACCACUACUUCUGUCACUUCUGUGAUGCAGACGGUUCACAGGAGUAUUAUAGUGAUUAUCAGUACCUGAGUGAGCACUUCAGAGAGAGUCAUUAUCUGUGUGAGGAAGGCCGCUGUGCCACCGAACAGUUCACCCACGCCUUCCGCAGUGAGAUCGACUACAAGGCCCACAAGGCUGCAGCACACAGCAAGAACCGAGCAGAGGCGAGGCAGAACCGCCACAUUGACCUGCAGUUUAACUACGCACCAAGACAACAGAGGAGAAAUGAUGGUCUUGUGGGUGGUGAAGAUUAUGAGGAGGUGCGUCAAAGUCGAGGGGCCAGAGGAGGAAGGCUCCAAGGGGGACAGAAGAGCUGGAGAUACUCUCGAGAGGAAGAGGACAGAGAGUUAGCAGCUGCUCGGCGGGCCUCCCUGGCCAUGCGUAGACAGGAGGAGAGAGCAGCUGUGCAGGAGAGGAUCGCUCUCAAACACCCUAGGGAGGAGAGAACCGAGAGAACCGAACCAGAGGACCCCAGACUUCGUACUGGACAAAUCAAACCAGUGAGCAAACCUCCAGUGAGAACAAUGAAGAGCAAUAAUCCAGAAGAAGAUGAUUUUCCUGCUCUGGGAGCCACAGCAGCAGCAACAGCAGCAGCAGCAUCUAUUAUAAAGCCAGCUCCUGCAGUAGUUACAGCACCCCAAGCUUCUCUAAAGGAAGAUGAAUUCCCAAGCCUCUCGUCUGUUGCCUUGACAACCCCAAUGACCCCAGCGUACUCUGCCCAACCUAAGAAGACUUCGUCUUUCCAGGAGGAGGACUUUCCUGCUCUGGUCUCAAGAAUCAGGCCCCUAAAAACAGCAGCUAGCAGCAACUCUGCUUGGUCCAGCCACACAGCUGUUUCCAAGCCCACCACUCAGCCUCCACCACAAACCAGGCCUCCCACUCAGGUUUCCUCCUCCUCCUUAGGCCCUCAGCCCCUCUCCUCCACCACCUCCUCAUCUUCACGCAGGAAAAAGAAAGUAGGAGAGAAUGGGAAACCAGCAUCCACUCGGUCUCCUCCUUCUUCGGACGAUGACGGCGGAGGAUUGACGCAACAGGAGUUCCGCUCAGUGCCCACCAUGUUGGAUAUCUCCUCCCUGCUCACAGUUAAAGGAGGAAAUGGCAAACCACCACCCAGAAGCUCUACUCCUCCUAACUUGACCUCUAACACGGAUCCACCCCCCUCUAAAGCCAGCAAGAAGAAGAAACAGCAGAAGAACACAGCUGCUCCCUCCACGUCUGUGUCCUCAGCAUUAGGGACCACACAAACGUCGAGUUCAGUCUCAGGGGAAACGGCAGCACAGAAGGAGAAUGUACCUGAAAAAACUUGGAACAAACCGUUGUCUGGUGCAGUGACCAGUGGCCUGGUGAAUGGCCACCCUGAAAAAUCCCCACCAGUGAGUAAAGAGGCUGCUGCAGUGAAGCCAAACCCAAGCACUGAUGCCCCCCUGGAGCAGGAGGAAGAGUUUCCUGCACUCAUCACCAAGAACCCUCCACCAGGCUUUAAGUCCUCCUUCCCUAUAAAGGCCUCAACUCCUGCUCCCUCCUCGGCCAUGCCUCCACCUCCACCUGGCCUGGGAAUCUCAGCUCCAAAACCUCCCCCUGGCUUCACUGGGAUUCCCCUCAACAGUAACGUGGAGCCGGCUCCUUCUGCUGUCAACCUCCCCCCCAAGAUGUCUAGCAAUGGUUACCUGGUCCCGGAGGACUUCCAUCAGAGAAACUUGGAGCUGAUCCAGUCCAUCAGGAAGUACCUGCACAAUGAUGAGUCGAAGUUCAACGAGUUCAAAAACUACUCUGCACAGUUCAGACAGGGUGUGAUAUCAGCGGCCCAGUACCACCUUAGUUGUAAGGACCUGCUUGGAGACAACUUUAACCGCAUCUUCAAUGAACUGCUAGUUCUCCUGCCAGACACGGGCAAGCAGCAGGAGCUUCUGAUCGCCCACGGAGACUGUAAGGCGCUGGAGAAGCAGUCAGGCGCCGGAGGUGGAAAGAAAAACAAGAACAAGAAGAACGCCUGGCAGAAACCAAGCACAGCGGACAACGCAGCAGCUGAGCUGGACUGCCAGGUGUGCCCCACUUGCAGACAGGUACUGGCCCCCAAAGACUUCAACUCCCAUAAGACCCUGCACAUCGGAGAGAGUGAGGAAUUCCCUUCCUUGCAGUCCAUUAGCCGUAUCAUCAGCUAGCCUUUGUGUUGCUUUCUUCUCUGCUCUGUUUGCCAAUUUUGGGCAAAUGUUUGACGCCCUGUCAAAGCCCUGCAGCUGCCAGUGUGGGAAACAGCAGCCUGUGUCCCUGUGUGACCAUGUCCCGGGGGUGUUUGGAGCAUUUUGAUUGGAAUCUAACAUGGUUUGUGGUGUUUUUCUUUCAAUGGGGAUGCAUCGAUCCAUGGUUUCACAGCUAAGACACACUGCAUUUCCCCCAUUUCCACCUCAUUUGCUUGCAUCCUUUGAGGCUGUCUCCAGCUGGAACUGGCACUUUGAGUUUAUUUAAUGAAAGAAGAGGGACUAUCUUAUGCUUUAAUAGAAAUCAUUUCUCUCUAGUACAAAAUGUAUUGAAACAUUUUUUUACCUUGCUUUGUGUUUUUGUUUUAACAGAAGAAGAAAUGUAUUUUGUUAACAUCAACUUUGAUUCCCCAGCAGAGCUGCCUGGUUUAACAACAAAAUAAACAGAGACAUGCUUGGUUCAACAAAUAAGUACUAAAUUUCCUUAAAUUGUAGCCGUUUAAUUGCAUUAGAUUUUUGCUUUAUGCAGAGAAAAGGCUGUCUGAGGAACCACAGGAGGGUGACUGAGAAGUAAAGGAUUCAGACGACAGAUCAAAUUGUAGCUCACAUUUUUAAAAUGUUUUGUAAGUCUUUAUUUUGUUCACUUCACUUUCCAUUAAAUGUGCUGUAAGCUGAUUGAGGAGUUAGUUAAUCAGUGCUGCAGGUAACUCCUCAUUAGGGACCUGAUCUGAGUGCUCUUGACCCCAAACUCUUACGAGCACAGGGCACUUGUCACCGAAUAGUUGUAAAGGCAUGUCUAGUUGUCUAGCAUGGACCCAUUUCAUCACCUGAGCUGCACAGUAGAUGUGGAAGCAGGAAGUGGGUCGUUGUUUUAGAAAUAACUGAAACACUUAUGGUAGAAGGAUUGACUCUACAGUACUGUCCUCAUGGCACAUAAACAAAUAUUCACAAAAAGAAGUCACCUUGUUUCUUAUGGGGAUGCACUAUUACUCGCCUAAAUGGGUGAAGUCGGAUCCCUUGAUAGUUGACACCAAAAUAACUAGUUGGUUAAAUGAAUUACAGUUGUGUUUUUUAAUCAUUUGAGACCCACAGUCUGAAAUGAAAUUCUCUGUUUAGAGAACUGCCUGCCACUAGUAGGCAAUGUAGCUUCAGUUAACAGCUAUGCUACUGUAAUGCUCUUUACCUUAUGUAAACAACAGUGAACUAAUAGCCCAGAUAGCACCUCGUAGAAAUGGUGUGGUUUAGCACUAUUUUGACCUGGAAAAUGGGGAUUAAGUUCUAAUUUUCAAGUAUAGCCUGUGUCAGGUACUUACAAAUAAUCGAAGCAUUGAGCGAUGAUAUUUGGUUAAGUAAUGUUAACUUGCCAUGCUAGUAGUUAUAAUAUGGUUUAAGUCUGGCGGUGCUAGCACUGCUGAUAUUAGCUACACUGCACACCAACUUCACAUUUUCCCUACUUUGUUGUCAACAAAGUACUGGUACCAACACACCCGAUACCUACCCUACUGAGUUGCAAGGCAGAUAUCGGUGCUUCAUUUUGGCACCUUGCCAACCCCAACGCGACGGCUAUCACUCCAAAGGAAAGGCACAAAAUACGCAAUGUGAAGAAGUUACACCUGUUUCCUUUACUCAUAUGAUCUGUUGGCAUCUUCUUUCUUAAUCAUUUAUGAUACUAGCUGCCAAUGUUGAAAACAACUAUUUUCUCCUGAAAGUAUUGAUUUAGGGGUUGGCACCUUUUAAAGAGUUAACAUUUAGCACCGGCAUCAGAAAAAAGAUACCUAACCCUACUGCUGGCCUGUUUUCAAUAAAUUGUUUACAAUUUUCUUGGUGUUUUCUUGACACUAGACUAGUCAACUAAACAUGGUCACAAUUUUUCUAACCAACUACAUUCAUACUGCGUCACUGUAUCAGGCUGCAUAUAUAAGCUCAGGCACAGAGCAAUGCCACUGAUGUGAAAACAGAUUAGUUGGGGAGGAAAGGGAAGUGCAAUCAUGCUCAAACACAGCACGAAAUAAUCAUGCCUAAUGUGAAAUGCCUUUACACAAGGUUUAAAUUAAAGGAACCAAAUCAAAGAAUCAACACUCUUGUAUUCCCUUUAAAGUUUUGUUAAAAUAACAUCUCUGCUUUUUUAAUUUAGCCUUCAAAUGAGAUUGUAACCCUUAAGGUUAUGUUAAGUCUCUUGUUUUCUGUAAGUUUACAUUUUUUAAAAGGUAUCAUGAAGAUUUACCCCGCUCUGUUGUAAUGCUUACAACAUAAAAACCUUCAUUUUCAUUCUAAAGCUUUUAUUGCCUCCACUGGUCCUCUUUUUUGAGUCCAGCUUUGACACACAGGGUCUGUUCCUUCUGUUCUGUACAGGUGGGCUGGUUACAUCAAUUACUCUCCUUUCAUCCUCUCUCUCAGGACACUUAGCUUGCACCUGUGUGUGUUUGUCUUCUGUGGGUAUGAACGCCUCUGUGUGUAUGAAUGAGUGGGUACGUAGAGUCUGUACAUGUCACUCACUCCUUUUUCUGUCUGGCUUCAAUAAAGCUCUUUCUA